AUGUGCGAAUAUCACGAUGUUUUUCUUGCAAAUGAUUCAAUCUAUUUUAUUUUGAGUCAUAUUUUCUCAACCAUCGGACUUCCAAUUCAAAUUUUCGGAUUCUAUUGUAUAAUCAAGAUAACACCAAAAGAAAUGACGUCUAUCAAAUUUAGCAUGCUUCUUUUGCAUAUCAGUUGUUUUUUAUCAGAUUCAAUUUUUGGAGAUCUUGCUAUUCCAGUAAUAUUUUUACCGUACUUUUGUGGGUAUUCAAUUGGAAUUCUGAAUUAUUUUGGAGUUCCAACUUGGAUUCAACUUUAUAUCGGUGUAACAGCUUCAACAAGUGAGAGAUUUUUGGGGAUCCUCGUAGUAAAAUUUAAAAAAAUUCAAACAAUCAAGUUUAAUUUCUUCGAGUUUCAGCUGUCAUUUUAUCAAUUGUCAUAUUUUUUGAGAAUCGUUUUCACAAAAUGGCUUAUUUGACUUAUUCCCAAAAACGCUUCAAUUGUCGUGUCAUUUUAUAUUUGUUUCAAUAUAUUUGGGCUUUCACAUUUUUGAUACCAGUUUUUAUAAAUAAACCGGAUGAUGAAUAUUCGAGAAAUUAUUUCAGAAAUGUUCGGAUUCCCUUGAGAAUGAUUCAUUCAUAAAUAAUUUUUUUAUAGAAUGAACUUUCCUGCGUUUACGAUAAAUUCAAAAAUAAUCCAAAUUUUAUGUGUCUCACAAUUGAUACCACUUUACUCGCCGCACUUGUUGGUUUCAUUUAUUCUAUGAAUUCUUUCCAAUUGUUCUUCUAUUUUUUAAUGACUCAUUAUAUAUUGGAGAAACGUCGAGAAACGCUGUCCAACUCUACUUAUAUUCUUCAAAAAAAGUUUUUCAGAAAAUUAUUAUUACAAAUUUUCGUUCCAUUUGUAUUCGUGUUUGUUCCAUUUAGUUAUCUAACUUUUGCGAUGAUUUUCAAAUAUUUCAAUCAAUGUACAGUGAAAAAUUGAAAUAUAUCGGAAAGAUUCAUUUUUGCAGUGAUCAAUAAUUUGAUAAUGUUUCUGAUUGGAAUACACGGAAUGUUGGCUACAAUUGUUAUGAUAUUUAUUCAUAUACCUUAUCGGAAAUUUCUAUUUGCAUUAUUCACUUUACAGAAAAAAUCGGAUCACAAGAAGAAUAUUUCAAUUGCUCCCACUGUUGUUUAUUGA